GGGGACCGCCAGCCGCGAGGACCCACCCGGUCGGAGGAGCAGCCGGAGUGCCGAGCCCGGAGCCCGAGCGAGCGAGCGAGCGAGCGCCUAGCCCGGAGGAUCGAUGUCCAUGAGGAGCCCUGGCUCUGCCCAGCUGGCCCUGGACGGUGCUGGCACCAUGGUGAACUGUACUGUCAAGCCAGAGGGGAAAAAGGAUGCCUGUCCCGAGACAUCUCCAGGCCCAGCCACAGCUGCUGCUGCUGCCACAUCAGAAGCCCAGCCAGGAGACUCUGCCCAGGUGGCCCUGGAGGGCUCUGACCCUCAGGCUGCAGCCCAGGAUUGCAGCUCCCCAGAGAACAACGGGUCUCCAGAACCCAAGAGACCAGGAAGGUCUGACGUGGCUUCCGGAAGCCAGGACAAGUUGGACUUCAACCGGAAUUUGAAAGAAGUGGUACCAGCCAUUGAGAAGCUGCUGUCCAGUGACUGGAAGGAGAGGUUUCUGGGAAGGAGUGCUAUGGAGACCAAAGACAUCAAAGGGACUCAGGAGAGCCUGGCAGAGAAGGAGCUGCAGCUUCUGGUCAUGAUUCACCAGCUGUCCACCCUGCGGGACCAGCUUCUAGCUGCCCACUCAGAGCAGAAGAACAUGGCGGCCAUGUUGUUUGAGAAGCAGCAACAGCAGAUGGAGCUGGCCCGGCAGCAGCAGGAGCAGAUCGCGAAGCAGCAGCAACAGCUCAUUCAGCAGCAACAUAAGAUCAACCUCCUGCAGCAGCAGAUCCAGCAGGUCAACAUGCCUUAUGUCAUGAUCCCGGCCUUCCCCCCCAGCCACCAACCUCUGUCUGUCCCCGCCGAAUCCCAGCUGGCCUUGCCCAUUCAGCCCAUCCCCUGUAAGCCAGUGGAGUACCCGCUGCAGCUGUUGCACAGCCCGCCUGCGUCUGUCGUGAAGCGGCCCGGGGCUGUGGGUGCCCAUCACUCCCUGCAGGAGCCCCCCCAACCCCUGAACCUCACAGCCAAGCCCAAGGCCCCUGAACUGCCCAGCACUACCAGCUCUCCCAGCUUGAAGAUGAGCAGCUGUGGGCCUCGCCCUCCCAGCCAUGGGGCCCCCACGAGGGACCUGCAGUCCAGCCCCCCCAGCCUGCCUUUGGGUUUUCUUGGCGAAGGGGAUGCAGUGACCAAAGCUAUCCAGGACGCCCGGCAGCUGCUGCACAGCCACAGUGGGGCUGUGGAAAACCCACCGAGCACCCCUUUCCGCAAGGACCUCAUCAGUCUGGACACAUCCCCAGCCAAGGAGCGACUGGAGGAGAGCUGUGGACACCCCCUGGAGGAGGCCAUGCUGGGCUGUGACAUGGACGGCUCCCGCCACUUCCCUGAGUCCCGGAACAGCAGUCACAUCAAGAGACCCAUGAACGCCUUCAUGGUGUGGGCCAAGGAUGAGCGCAGGAAGAUUCUGCAGGCCUUCCCCGACAUGCACAACUCCAGCAUCAGCAAGAUUCUCGGCUCCCGCUGGAAGUCCAUGAGCAACCAGGAGAAGCAGCCGUACUAUGAGGAGCAGGCGCGACUGAGCAGGCAGCACCUGGAGAAGUACCCGGACUACAAGUACAAGCCGAGGCCCAAGCGCACCUGCAUUGUGGAGGGCAAGCGACUGCGGGUGGGCGAGUACAAGGCCCUGAUGAGAACCCGGCGCCAGGAUGCACGCCAGAGCUACGCCACCCCUUCACAAGCCGGCCAGGUGCCCAUGAGUGCCUCGGAGGUCCUAUACCCACGAGUGGCAGGUGUGCCCCUGGCUCAGCCCCUGGUGGAGCAUUAUGUGCCCCGGAGCCUGGACCCCAACAUGCCCGUCAUCGUCAACACCUGCAGCCUGCGGGAGGAGGGCGAGGCCGCUGAGGACAGGCACUCAGUGGCUGAUGGCGAGAUGUACCGGUACAGCGAGGACGAGGAUUCUGAGGGCGAGGAGAAGAGUGACGGAGAGCUGGUGGUGCUCACAGACUGACCUGGCCUGGAGCGCAGGCGCCAUACAGCUCUGCCCUUGUACAGACUCCAGGGGGGCGCUGAGGGGCCAGGCCUGGGCUCCCCAAGCGCUUUGCUUCCAUUCAGCCCUGUGGGACCAGCCCUGCACCCACUGUCCUGGCCUACACUGGGAUCCGUGUCCUUGCUGCAGGGGUCUCAGGGGACCCUCACUGUCUGUCCUGUGUGCGAGUUUGGUGUUUCUCUCUUCCUCCUCACACGAGGUAUUUAUUAAGCCCCUGUUCCAAGGCGGCGGGCUGUCGGGUGCCCAUUUCUGCCCUUGGGGGCCUCUCUGUGCUUCUCUUUGCCCCACAUGGCUACUACCUCUGUCAGUCUGAGUGUCUCAGGUUUGUGUCCUGUGCGUUCCUAUCCUUGGCCUUACAGGCCACUGUCCUCUCGUUAGUGCAUCCUUGCCCUGGGAUGGCACUGGCGCUCUGGGUCUCCGGCAGCCCCUGCGUGGCAACCAGCCCCCUGCCUCCCCACCCCUGCUUCCCACAGAGCCAUUUUUAGCUCCCAGCAGCCUAGGAAAGAGCUUGGCCUCCUGCGGCUGGAUCCUGGGCCAGCUCCCAACCUGAGUGCGGGGUGAAGGCUGGUUUGUGAAUGACUAGGCCUGGAGAGCAGGGCUCAGGACUGUAGGGUCCUCCCGUUCUUGGGAAAGAGUGGGGAGAAAGUCAUGUCCCAGGGGUACCUGACUCCAAAAGUCCAGGUGGGAGGGGGAACCCCAAGUCCCUCAGGCAGAUGUGGAGUCUCCUCUGCCUACCCCCUAUCUUCCCCCCUCACCAAAGCCCGACUUCUCCAGGCUGUUUCUUUUUUUAUGACUGUAAACAUAGAUAGUGCUUUAUUUUGUUAAUAAGAAGAUAAUGAUGAGUAACUUAACCAGACAUUUCUCCUGUUUACACUGGGGGAGUUUUGUUUUCUGUUGGCAUAAUAAAGAGACCGUUUCAGAA